AUGCGCGGCGCCAAGCGGCCCCGCAGAUCAGCACGGCUCAGCGGCGCGCAUGCGCCCAGCGAGCAGGUGUGUGGCGCCGGCUGCGCCGGCGCCCGCGGGCCGGCCGAGGCAGCGGGGCGCCGGCGUCACGCCAGCGUCACGAGCGGCGCCGCUGCGGCCAGCGGCGGGGGCGCCAGCUGCAUGACGGGCGCGCCUCUGGCAUCCGGCUGCUUCGGCGCCGCAUGCGCUGCCGCUGUGUAUGGGGACGAGGACGGCGGCGAGUUUGGCUUCGACCCGCCUGGGGCCGCCUCGGGCGCCGCCAUGGCGGCCAUGCGCGCUCCGCCCCUUGCAUGCGACCCCUCCCCACCGCCCUGCACCAUGCAGCGGCCGCCAUGGGCCCCUGGUGGCGCCAUGCGUGCGGCGCAUGCGGCGCGGCAGGCGCCGUCCCAGGCCACGAGCACCGGGACCGCGGACGAGCGCGCGGCCAGCGGCGCCCCCCUCGGCCCCGACCGCUGGGGCGCCGCGCCUCCGCCAUCCGGCGCCGUUGGUGCCGCGCGGCGGCGGGCGGCCGCGCGCAGCCGCCAGCCGUCGGGGCGCGCCCUCAGCGCGCGCAGCGUCGGCGCGCGCUCUGCGCCGCUGGGAGCGCCGGGCGACCUCUCAAUCCAAGUCAGCAGCGCGGCUGGUGACGAUGAGUGCAGCGACGACGCACUGUCCUCCAUGCGACGCGCCGACGACCGUGCAGCCGCCGCCGCCCUCACGGCGUCGGCGCCGCCGCGCUCGUCCGCGCAUGCGCUCAGCGGCUCUGGCGUGCCCGAUGCUGGCCGCGGCCUGGCCCCGCCCGCGCCGGGCCUCGCCGCCUCUUCCGCCGCUCUCCUCUUCGCGCCAGCUGGCGUCGUCGGGGAGUCCCAUGCCGCCGCCACAUGUGACCCCAUCCCUGCACCCAUGGCCCCGUCCCGCUCGCCCCUCCUCCUUGUGCGCCGCUCGACCGGGCCCCCCGCGCCCCUCGGCGCCGCCGCGCCCCUCUUCGCUCCACUGGCGCCCCCGGCGUGCGGUGCCCCGGCUCCCCCCCUCAACCUGCUGGACGACCCCUUGGAGGGCGUACCCUGGUCCGGCCCCGCGGCGCAGCGGCCCUAUUACUACCAGUCGCGCUACGAGCAGCUGCUGCACGCGAUCAACCUCAAGCCGGCGCCGCGGCGCGCGGCGCACGAGGACGAGGAGUGA